ACACUAAACUUUUUAAAUUUAUUUUAGGAUGAAGAGAAAGUUCUAUUCUUGGGAUGAAUGUAUGAACUUAAGAGAAGUUAAGUCUCUGAAAAAACUUAACCAUGCCAAUGUGAUUAAACUGAAAGAAGUUGUCAGAGAAAAUGACCAUCUUUAUUUUAUAUUUGAAUAUAUGAAAGAAAACCUCUAUCAAUUAAUGAAAGAUAGAAACAAGUUUUUCCCUGAGUCAGUCAUCAGAAAUAUUAUGUAUCAAAUAUUGCAAGGCCUGGCUUUUAUCCAUAAACAUGGCUUUUUUCAUAGGGACAUGAAACCAGAAAACUUGCUUUGUAUGGGUCCAGAACUUGUGAAAAUUGCUGAUUUUGGACUUGCAAGAGAAUUAAGGUCACAGCCACCAUAUACUGAUUAUGUCUCUACCAGAUGGUAUCGUGCUCCUGAAGUUUUAUUAAGAUCUUCAGUUUAUAGCUCUCCCAUUGACAUGUGGGCUGUUGGAAGUAUAAUGGCUGAAUUAUAUACAUUAAGGCCACUUUUCCCAGGAACAAGUGAGGUUGAUGAAAUCUUUAAGAUUUGCCAAGUUUUAGGGACUCCUAAAAAAAGUGACUGGCCAGAAGGAUACCAGCUUGCAUCCUCUAUGAAUUUCCGCUUUCCCCAGUGUGUUCCUAUAAACUUAAAAACUCUUAUUCCAAAUGCCAGUAAUGAAGCUAUUCAGCUUAUGACUGAAAUGUUGAAUUGGGAUCCAAAGAAACGACCAACAGCAAGCCAGGCAUUGAAACACCCAUAUUUUCAAGUUGGCCAGGUAUUAGGCCCUUGCUCAAAUCAUCUGGAAUCAAAACAGCCUUUACACAAGCAGCUGCAACCAAUAGAACUGAAGCCAUCUUUAGUUGAACUAGAACCUAAGCCUCUGCCAGAUAUAAUUGAUCAGACUGUCGGACAGCCUCAGUCAAAAACCAGCCACCAACCGCUGCAGCCCAUUCAGCCACCACAGAACGUGAGUGUCCAGCAACCUCCACAGCAACAGAAUCAGCAGAAACCGCCACUAUUUCCAAGUAUCAUCAAAAACAUGCCAUGUAAGCCAAACGGCACACUGGGUCAUAAAAAUGCAAGGAGGCGCUGGGGCCAGGCUACCUUCAAGUCUAGAGACAACUGGGAGGAGUUUGAGGAUGGUGAUUUUGGAGCCUCCCAUUCCAAGAAGCCAAGCAUGGGCGUUUUCAAAGAAAAGAAGAAAAAAGAUAUUCCAUUUUGGCUUCCUGAGUCAGUACCCUCAGGCUCCAACCACUCCCUAGGGGAAAACAAGGACUUACCUGCACCUAUUUCUCUAAAAUCUGAUUCUGAAUUGUCAACUGCUUCAACAGCUAAACAGUACUACUUGAAACAAUCAAGAUACCUUCCAGGUGUAAAUCCCAAGAACGUGUCCUUGAUAGCCAGUGGAAGAAAGGAGAUAAACCCACACACUUGGAGAACUCAGUUAUUUCCUAAGUCAUUGGGACCCACUCGGGCAGAACUUGCUUUCAAAAGGAGUAAUGCAGGAAAUCUUGGAAGUUACGCUACUUACAAUCAGCCAGGAUAUGUUCCUUCCUUUCUUAAAAAAGAAGUGGGGUCAGCUGGCCAGAGGAUCCACCUGGCACCUCUUGGCGCAGCAGCUUCAGAAUAUACCUGGAACACAAAAGCUGGUCAGGGGCAGUUUUCAGGACCUACUUACCAUCCUACAGCAAAGAACCUAAAUAUCAUGAACCGAGCACAGCCAGUUCCCUCAGUGCAUGGGAGGACAGACUGGGUGGCCAAGUAUGGCGGCCACCGGUAGAACUCCCCGGUGUGAAGUCCUGCAGCAUUGCCUCAUAGAGCGCGUGCAAGUUCACUGGCCCUGGGAAAUGUCUACAGAUGUCUAUUUCUACUGAGUUCUGGAAGAAAUAUGCAAUAGUGGGUACUUGGAAGAGCAAAAAUCAUCUCCUAUUUUAUUUCUUUCUGAGAAAUGAAAUGCAUUUUCUUGGCAUCAUUGCUCACAGUACUGAUAUAUGAGUAGGACUUUAACAAAGUAUUGAAUAAACUGUUUGCCAAAGUAUCAGGUAUUUGAUCUAUAAAUUAAUAGAUAGUAAGUAUAGAAGAAACUUUUUAAAAAAAAAUGUCUCCAGAAAGUGUUCAGAGUGCUAUAGUUUUCAUUUGUUGUAUAUUUGCCUAAAUGAUUUUACAUGUCGUCCGAGUUUGCAGUGAUUGGCCUGAGAGGUUUGUUUUUUGUUGUAUUUCUUCACAGCAACUAGGCCGACCUCUGUGGGCUGUCUGCUGUGGUUCUUAAUUGGCAAAGGCUCUGCUCUGCCACUUCGGCAGUGACAGAAAGACUGCAAUCAUCAUUUGUUGUCUACUUUGAAGCUGUGGGAGCAAUGGUAAUGCCGAUCUUGAGCUGGAUGUCUUUCUUAGAAAUGAAUUUAUCUUUAACAUAGAGAAUAUCCAAAUUAUGCCACCUGAUUUAUGUGGAGAAAGAGUCUGUCUGUUCUUGUCCAACACAACUGCACUGUAUUCAUGGUGACUAUCAAACACAAAGGCUUGAUGGCUUCCAUAUUAACCAAGUCAGGGUUUUCUCCUCUUCACAUCAAGUUGGUUCUUAAAACUGCAUUUAAUGUUUGUUCAUCAGACUUCCAAAAUAUGUUGUUUGUGUUUGUAAAGGACACA